GUAUCUCUUUCGUUGAUAUUUGGCAGUCGGUUUUCGCGGAUGCGCAGGAAACGAUUUUAUUCGCUCUCGCGGGGUGUGCGUGUAAUAAUAUAAGAGUUUCCGAGAGAAACGCGCGGCAAAAGUCAGUGGUGCGCGCUGCCAAGCGCCAAGAUAUUGCACGCGAUUGCGCAGGUGGAGGGUGUCCUGUUGAAUGCGCGCUGAGGCGUGAUAUAUAUUCGCCAGAAACAUUCUUGCACGUGGAGCUGCGUAAACAUUUGCGAUAAGCAUAUAGCAAAAGUGCGUAAGUAAUCUAAUCAAAAGAACGUAAUGCCGUAUCCAAUUGUAAUUCCUUAGACCCACUAAAAUACUAAAAACGCGUUUAAUUUUUUCAUCGCAAGUAGCCGUUCGCAAAUUCAUUUCAUUUAUCACAGGUACACGAUAUGCAUGAUCGAUAAUCUUCGCACGCAGAGUCUGUUAGCUUAGCACCCGAUAAUUCACCUCAAACACUGACGCACCUUCUGCGUUUUCCUUCUGCUUAGCGCUUUUAAAAAAUUUCGUAACAAGCGCGAAAUCUAUUUAUAACGGCGCCGAGCCAAAAAGAACUCGCUUUUAUAUAAAUAUUUGAAAAACGCGAAUAAUUAUACACUUGCGGCGCGUUAUUGGAACCACGCCAAGACUCUUAACUUUCCAUGUGGUAUUUCAAGGAAGAUAGUAAAAGUGCGAAUUGUUUGGCCGACGUGCCCCAAUUAAUUCUCCGGCAUCGAUUGGAAUAAAGCUCGUCGUUCGUAGUGCAUACUUACCACCGACUGCAUGACUCAGUCCUACAAAGUGUUUGAUUUUACUUGUAGCCUUUGUUAGUGCGUCAAGAGACUAGAUCGGAUUCGAUCGUCCGUCGCGCGUUGACGCGCGAUCGAUUGAGAUGAGUAUACCGAAGCCAGACGGCCGCCUAUCGGUGGUCAUUGCCAAUGAAAUUUUAACGUCGCCAAGCUCGCAGAGGCUCAUACACAGGGAUCAACAGGACGAGGAAACAUCUGACUGUCCUCUGUUAACGCCGAGUCCGCCGCCUGAACCGUCAUCGAAUAAUCCCUUGGAUGGCGGCGGUGGCGGCGUAAUCGCGACCGGCUUCAAGCCCCACGGCGAGCCGCCCACGACACUGGACCAGACGCUCUGCAACAACAUCAAUUCCGAGGACGGCCUCGCCUUCCUUAACAUCGUCAAUAGCUCUUGCAAGCAGCUGAACGAUGAACCGAGUUCGCGAGAUCCGAUGGUCGAAACGAGCAGCAACAGCGGCAGCAGUAGCGACACAAAUGAACCAGUUUGCACGCAACUACUUACCCAAUUAAACACCGCGUACAAUCAUUUAGCUCCGGAUGCACAAGCGUUGUUUUACAACCAAGAUAACGGGGGAAAACCUCCGCUCACAGGAAUUCAACUAGUUGUACCUAAACCACCGAAAAAUUAUGGAUUUAUGAGUUGGAAUUGGCCAGUCAUCCGCAAAGUAUGCUUUUGGUCAUUGAUGUCAUUGUUUACGGGAUGCAUUGCGAUUGCUAUUGGCAUCAUUGCUACCAUGCCAAAAAAGUGCGAUCCACGAGUAGAAUGGUGGCAAGGUAGUCUCUUUUACGAGAUUUUCCCAGCCUCAUUUCAAGAUUCUUACAAUAACGAUGGAAUCGGAGAUUUUCGCGGUAUAACAAAGCGACUGGACUACCUACAGAAUCUCGGAGUGAAGGGGAUACGAUUGAACUCGAUAUUUCGAUCUCAGCAAUAUCCUCAGCACUACAUGGACAUUGAAAGCUUAACAGAAGCUGAUCCUAUCCUCGGUGAUACAGCCGACUUUACUAAAAUGGUUUCGGCUAUUCAUCAAAGAAACAUGACUCUUAUUCUGGAUCUCCUGCUCUUUCCUUUUGUAAAAGACUUUGGAGGUUCAGCGAAUCUCAGUUCUAACGACCAAUUUGUUCGUCACAAACGAAACGAAGCAAUUGCUGCAACAGAUUUACCUUCCCGUAGCGAAACUAUGGAAUCUCUUUUAUCAGCACCAGUUAAUCCAAGCGUGGACGUUUCCAGUUCCACUGUCAGACCAACAGUUCCAAGUUUUCUAGAGGAACACCCGGUAACAAAGUCUAUCAGGCAUUGGUCCGAUCUGGGUGUCGACGGCUUCUAUCUAAAAGGCCUGGAACACUACACAAACGAAAAGAAUUUUGUCGGCGCUCUGAGGCUUUGGAAGACAAUCCUCGGCUCAAAAAGGAUAAUGAUGUGCAGUGAGAAUGCGCUGCUCAACGUUCCCGAUGACGUGAGAGAUGUGAUUUUGGGCAGGAUGGACCUGGUGGAUGUAACACUCGAUGUAGUCAACGGCACGAAGAAGAUUAUGGAUGAGGUGUCCGAAACAUUGAAGGGUCUAUUGUUCCAGGAAGCAGGAUAUCCGUGGAUACACUGGUCUACUGGCAGUGUUGAUAAACCCAGAUUGGCCUCGACUUUGAAAGUUGCAAAUGCGAGUGUAGCGAUUGCAAUGAUGGGCAUGAUGCUACCCGGUACGCCUAGUAUUUUUUACGGGGACGAGAUUGGAAUGCUGAAUUCAGAAAGUAAAGAGCACCAGGACCUCAACCAUUUGUAUCAGUUAGUACCCAUGCGUUGGGACAAUCAAAACAGUAACGAUGAAACUUUUUCCAAGCCCACCGCAGCGCCCUGGAUGCCAGAAUCUGCGAAACCAGCGGCUACAAAUUUAACUGGCCUUUUGCCGGAGAUGUCUAAACUGAGAAAUGAAACAAUGCCCAUACACAUUAAAGUUGUGAUUAAAAAUAAAGUGUCAACGGCUAAUGGCAAAGUUCGGUAUACGAUGGACGACAUGAUCGUCAUCGAAAGGUGGUAUCCGCGAAGGAACACGUACGUUUUUGUCGCGAAUCUCGGUAUGCACAGCCAGACGAAGGAUCUAUCAUCUCUCUACUAUGGAGGCCACGUAGUAGUCGGACCCGAGCACAAACUCAACCGAAAUAUAUACUUUAAGGAAUUGACCAUUCCUCCUGGCGAAGCUUUCGUCAUCAAACUUGACAAGUAAAGGCUUGCAAAAA